AUGUUGACCGACAUGAGCCCAUCGGCCGGUGCGCAGUUCUACGGUGCCCAGAUACCGGCCAUGGGCAUGAACAUCACCAACAUCACGACCCACAUGCAGAAACCAUCGGAACACCCGGGAUUGCGCGGCACACCGCUGGCAAUGCUGGCCGCGCAGUGCAACAAACUGUCCAGCAAGUCGCCCCCACCGCUGGCGGACGCCGCCGUCGGCAAGGGCUUCCAUCCGUGGAAGAAGAGCCCGAUCUCGUCCGGGCCACACUCGCCCUCGAGCGGACAGUCGGUCGGGCUCGGCGGCGGUAACGGUGGAGGCGGGGGAGGCGGCGGUGGCGGGCUGGGGCUUGGAGGGGCCAACUCGGUCGUGCAGUCCUCCCUCGGGCGGCUCUCGUCGUCCGGCAGCUCGUCCACCAUCAGCCCGAUGGCGAACCUCACGUCCAGUGAUCUGUAUUUCUCCGGCGCAACCGGAUCGCCCGGUGGCUGUGGAAUGGACAGCCCGCACGCACUGCAGCACGGCGGUGGAGGAGGAGGCGGGGGUGGUGGUGGUGGCGGUGGCGGCGGGCCGGGCAACGCGAGCUCGAGUGCGGCCGCGGCCGCCGCAGCCGCCGCCCAGCUGGGCUCGGUGUACGGCCACCGCCACCCGUACGACUGGCACCCGUUCCAGGCGGUCGGCAAGCCGGACGCGAACGGGCUGGGUGGGAACGGGGGCCACGGGGCGCCGACCGGCUGGUGGGACAUGCACGGGGCGGCGGGCAGCUGGCUCGACAUCGGCACGAGCGCGGCGGCCGGCAUGCACGCGGCCACGAUGGCCAACUACGCGGCGUCGGCCGCGGCCGCCUCGGUCUCGGUCGGCGGCUCCGAGCACUACGCCUCCACGCUGACGCACGCGUCGCUCACCAACACCGCGCACCUGCUCGGCUCCGGCCAGCACCUGCUGCAGGACAGCUGCUACAAGAGCAUGCUGCAGCCGGGCGGCGUCGGCGUCGGCCAGUCGGCGGCCGGCGUCGGCGUCGGUGGGUUCGGGCUGGGGCCGCACGGCGGCGGCUCGCCCGCGCCACCCCCGAGCGCCCCGCAGGCGCCGUCGCCGCGCAGCCAGAGGCGCUACUCCGGGCGGGCGACCUGCGACUGCCCGAACUGCCAGGAGGCCGAGCGGCUCGGGCCGGCCGGCGUGCACCUGCGCAAGAAGAACAUCCACAGCUGCCACAUCCCCGGGUGCGGCAAGGUGUACGGCAAGACGAGCCACCUGAAGGCGCACCUCCGGUGGCACACCGGCGAGCGGCCGUUCGUCUGCAACUGGCUGUUCUGCGGCAAGCGGUUCACGCGCUCCGACGAGCUGCAGCGGCAUCUGCGCACGCACACAGCCAAACACGUCAAAACCCACAACGGCGGCGGCGGCGGCGGUGCUAGCGGCGGCGGUGGCAGCGGCGGGGGCGUCAGUGGUGGCGGCAGCGGUGGAGCCGGAGGAGGCGGAGGCGGCAGCGGCAGUGCUAGUGUUGGUGGUGGUGGUAAUAGUAGUAGUGGUGGUGGUGGUGGUGGUGGGGGUGGUAGUGGUUCUGGUGCUGGCAGCGGUAGUGGAAGCGGAGGUGGUGGUGGUGAAAGGGGUGGCAGCGGUGAGAGGAGUGGUACUAGCAAUGCUGGCAGCAACAACGCGUCCAGCUCCGGCGGCGGAAGCUCCGACAGAGGCGGCUCCUCGGCCGCCAGCAACUCAUCAGCAAGUGGUGGCGGGGGAGCUGGCAGCGGCGGAGGAGGAUCGGCUGGCAGCACGAAGAAGGGCGGCUCGAGCUCGCAGCAGCCGAUGGACACUCAGCACUGCAGCGACUCGGAGGAUGCACACCCGGGAGCGACGCUGGGGGCACUGGCCGGGCUCGGUGGAGGAAUGGGCAUGCUAGGGGCUGCCUGCCACUCGAUGGGUUCCCCCGGGCCCCAUUCGCACCCGCACUCGCAGCACCCGCACCAGCAGCAAGGAUCCGCCGGGUCCCAUCACCUUCAACCACAUCCGCACUCGCAUCAUCCGCAUCAUUCGCAUCAUCAUCAUCAUCAGCAACAGCAGCAGCAGCAGCAGCAGCAUCACCAUCACAGCCAGCAUCAGCAGCACCACUCGCACACGCCCAGUCCGGGCCUGGAGCACGUCGGCCAGGCACAGCAGCAGCUGGACGUGAAGCCAGGAAUCGUGUGA